UCGCCAGAAAUUAAUAGUUUGCAAUGUGAAAUUUUUGUUAAACAAAUAAAUAUAUAUAAAUUUAAAAACAUUUAAUCUUAAGCUAAGUGUUAAAUCUGUUAAUAGAAAUCUUGAUCAACGAAGGGGAUUUAAAAUUAAGAUGUCGGAGCCACGUAUACUAUGCGUGGGCAUGUGUGUUUUGGACAUAAUUCACGUGUGUGCUGAAUAUCCCCAAGAAGAUACCGACAAACGUUGUUUAGAUGGCUAUUGGCAAAGAGGUGGCAAUGCCUCGAAUAACUGCUCUGUCCUCAGUAAACUAGGAGCGAAAUGUGAAUUUUUAGGCAUGACUUCCUCAGCUGUCGCCUUUCAGUUUCUCUAUGAAGAUUGUAAACAACGAAAUAUAGAGCUUAAAAACUGUCCCAAAAGUGAAAUGAAUCCCCCAUUUUCCAGUGUAAUUUUAGUGAAAAAUCAAGGAACCCGCACCAUAGUUCAUGCCAAUACUGGUUUUCCGAUUUUGAAAUUUGAAGAUUUUCAAAAAAUAAAUUUACACCAUUAUAGCUGGAUACAUUUUGAGGGACGCAAUGUGGAGGAAACCAAACAAAUGAUUGAUAUGAUUAGAAAAUAUAAUGGAAAGCAUAAAGAGAAUAACAUAAAAAUAUCUGUGGAAUUGGAGAAACUUAACAAGGAUUUAUAUAUUCUAGCCAUGAGAGCAGAUGUGGUGUUUGUGGGCAAAGAUAUAGCCCAACAUAUGGGCUGGUCAAGUGCUAAAGAGGCUGUCUAUAGUUCUCAGAGUAUCAUAGGUGAUUUAAAGGCCAAAGAUAUAAGCGAAACUUGGCCUUCGCAAAUGAUUAUAUGCCCCUGGGGCUCAGAGUGUUCGGAUGCUUUAGAUGGUUUUAGUAAUGAUUACUUUAGUUUGCCAGCUGUUUCGGUGGAAAAUAUUGUUGAUUCUUUGGGUGCUGGUGAUACAUUUGUGGCGGCUGUUAUUUAUGCUAUGAAUAAUUUAAAUAAGAAUUUAAAGGAGUCUGUGGACUAUGGAAAUCAUGUGGCGGCAUUUAAAAUACAACAUCGGGGCUAUGACUGUGUGGAGAAUUUUAAAUUGUAAAAUGCAAGAUUGUUAUAUGUUUUAAAUGUAAAAUAAAAAUAAGUUUUAACUUUUUGUUUAACUAUGAAUAGAA